GCCAUGUCUCGCCUCAACUGCACUUACGAGCUGACGGCCGGCCGGGACGGCUUCGCAUGUCCGUCCCGAUGCGAGUACCUGACGUCCGCCCUGAACAUGAGCUACCCGGAGCUGGAGGACGCGUGUCUGACGGACCAGGAGUACCUGGAGAGGUACCGGGGUGCCCGUCGCUCGCCCAUGUUCCUGCCCGUCUGCCUCACCUACCUGGCCAUCUUCCUGGUGGGUGCCGUGGGCAACGUGCUCACCUGCACCGUCAUCGCCCGCAACAAGGUGAUGUGGACGCCCACCAACCUGUACCUGUUCAGCCUGGCCGUGUCCGACCUGCUGGUGCUGCUGCUGGGCAUGCCCCUGGAGCUGUACGAGAUGUGGCAGAACUACCCCUUCUUGCUGGGCGCGGGCGGCUGCUACUUCAAGACCUUCCUGUUCGAGGUGGUGUGCUUCGCCUCCAUCCUCAACGUCACGGCGCUGAGCGUGGAGCGCUACAUCGCCGUGGUGCACCCGCUGCGCGCCAAGUACGUGGUCACCCGCAGGCACGCCAAGCGCGUCAUCCUGACGGUGUGGGCCGCGUCCAUCCUGUGCGCGCUGCCCAACACCAGCCUGCACGGCAUCGCCACGCUUCCGAGCCGAUCGGUCGGCGGUGGCGGCGGCGGCGCCGGAGCGGGCGUCAACGCCUCGGACUCCGCGUCGGCGGCCGCGGGCGGCGUGCUGGACUCGGCCAUCUGCGUGCCACUCAGCCCCCAGUGGUACAACCUGACCAUCCAGGUGACCACGCUGGUGUUCUUCGUGCUGCCCAUGGCGACCAUCAGCGUGCUCUACCUGCUCAUCGGCCUGCACCUGCAGCGCGAGAAGAUGCUGCAGGUGUUCGAGGCCAAGUCCAGCUCCUCGGGCCAGGAGAGCUUCUGCAACGUGCGCCGGAAGCAGCAGAAGGCGCGCCACCGACAGGUGACCAAGAUGUUGUUCGUCCUGGUGGUGGUGUUCGGCAUCUGCUGGGCGCCGUUCCACACGGACCGGCUCAUGUGGAGCUUCAUCAGCGACUGGAGCGAGGACCAACUGGAGACCUUCCAGUACGUGCACCUCAUCUCCGGCGUGCUCUUCUACCUCAGCUCCGCCGUCAACCCCAUCCUCUACAACCUCAUGUCCACGCGCUUCCGCGAGAUGUUCCGGGAGGUCAUGUGCCGCUGGCCCUGCCAGCAGCCGCCGCGCACGCACUCCUUCAGCGCCACCAGGGCCACGCUGCGGAGCACCUUGAGCGACGCCGCCAUCGCCGCCGCCGCCGCCGCGCGGCCGCCCGUCACCAGGGGCCGCCUGGCCGUCGUCGAGGGCAACGCGGACGCAGACGAGAGAGGGGAGAAGGGGAAGGAGGACGAGACCAGCUUUGCGUGCUGA